GAGUUGGGGGAGGAAGAGGAGGAGGGCAGCGCUCUUGUAGGGAGAUAGGGAAUGCCCGUUAGUUGCGUCUGCCGAUAAUAGCACAUCAGCCAGAGCGCUGCUAUUGGCAGAGCAGAGCGCAGGCAGUGCGGAGGACUGAGCUGCUGAGCACAGAAUGGUACACUAGAGAAGACAGGCACACUCAGAAAGAGGACAGAGUGAAGGAAGAGAGAGUGCAUCAGAGCACGCUGAGAAGAGGAGGAGAAGAGAAGGGGCAGAGGCAGUGGAGAGAGGACGGGGGAGAAAAGUUACCAGGUCAGCAAGAUAACGUGGAAGUGGAGCAGCUGAGACUCACUGGGGUCUCUCUCCUGCUGGAGCAGCCCGGCAGCAAUAAGCAGCACAGGAGGAGAGUGAUAUUACAUAGAAGGGAUAGAGGGAGUGCUGUAACUUCAUCCCGGAAAGACAGUCCUGUCAAAAGGCGAGGGGUAAUGCUUUCUUCUGCACAGCCACUUCAGGACUAUCACAGCAAGACAGCAGACAGAAGACACUUCAGCCUGGCAUAGGUGCCCUGAAAUGUGCAGUUCUACUCACGUCUGCACUGGAGACUUUCUUUCCCAACUGUGCGCUCUGAGGUGGAUGUAGUGUUUCUGUGAGGCUUUUUAUGUUUUUGUUUUUUGCUUCAGAGUGUGAAGCACUGGACACUUGGGAGGGCGAUUUGUUCUGUCCUGUCAUCCCUGAGACUAUGGUAGACUGUGCGUCAGGGAGCCCUUCAUCAGCAGCUGCAGCCCUAGAGCAUGGAGAAGUCCAGCAGUGAGGAGUCAGCCAUUCACCGUAGCCCCUCAGUAGAUAGCCGCGACUCCGAUUUUGCCCAAGCCUCCACGUCUGGCCGUCCGUUUGGCGGCCGCGGCUUCACUGCCGGCGCAUUCUACGGCUCCACGGGGCCACGCAAAAACGCACAGCAGGGGCAGGCUGGAGCAGCAGCAGCAGCAGCUGACGCCACCGCCAGCGCAGCAGACAAGACUAACAACAAGUACAGCUCCCCCAAAGGCAGCAAAUACGUAGUCUUUUACCUGGAUCUAUCAUUUGUGUUCCUUUUAGAAUUCAAGAAGUGCAACAUGGCAAGAGGCUGCCUCUGCUGCUUGAAGUAUAUGAUGUUCAUCUUCAACCUCAUCUUCUGGUUAUGCGGCUGUGGGCUGCUCGGCGUGGGCAUCUGGCUCUCUGUGUCGCAGGGCAGCUUCGCCACCUUCUCGCCCUCAUUCCCCUCACUGUCAGCUGCCAACAUGGUCAUCGCCAUCGGCGCCAUCGUCAUGGUAACGGGCUUUCUCGGCUGCCUGGGUGCCAUCAAGGAGAACAAGUGCCUGCUUCUGAGCUUCUUCAUUGUCCUGCUGAUAAUUCUCCUGGCAGAGCUGAUAUUGCUCAUCCUGUUCUUUGUGUACUCAGAUAAGGUGAGUGAGAACGCCAAGCAGGAUCUGAAGGAUGGGCUGGCUCUCUACAACUCAGAAAACAACAUAGGCCUGCGAAAUGCCUGGAACAUCAUCCAGGCAGAGUGGAAGUGCUGCGGUGUGAUAGCAUACACCGACUGGCACGAGGCCCUGAAGGAGAAGGUAGUACCUGACCGCUGCUGCCAGGAGCAUUACCAGAACUGUGGGCAGAACUCCACAAACAUGUUCUGGAACAGGGGCUGCUUCGAGAAAGUGGAGGAAUGGCUGGAUGACAACAAGCACCUGCUGGGAACCAUAGGCAUGGUCAUCUUGGUAGUGCAGCUCCUGGGCAUGGCGUUCUCCAUGACGCUGUUCCACCACAUCCACAGAACAGGGAAGAAGUACGAUGCUUAGCCUUGAGGGGAGGCACCCAAUGGAGAGGAGCCCCACUGCCUGAUGGGAUAAGACUCUGAUUUAAACACCCCUCACUUUACAAACCCCCCCAACCCCACCCCCCGUCCCAGACCUUCUGUACAGAUUCCAGCUGUGUCCCCGCUCCGUUCUGCUCUCACCAUUCAUUUUGCCAAAGAGUAACACAACUGGAAGAGAAGGGACACCUACUUUUGGCAAGGAAGAGAAUCCCAUUGGUUGUCGCUCCUCUUGAGUACAUUUCUAUUUUUAUUUUAUUGUCUCUUUUUUCUUUUUUUUUUUUGCCUUGGACUAACAAUUUGCUGGAAGGAAGGACGGACUUUGAGACAAUGAAGACUUUACUAAUGCCCACACACCCCACUCCCAGGCAAAGAGAACACAUGAAACUGAUAAUACCCUCCACCUCUUGUGGAGUUUCUUUUUCCUCAUGUCGAUUCAAGUCCCCCUUUUCACUUGUAAAUGAAAAAAGUUCCAACACGGCAUGCUAGUUUUCUACUUUACUGAUUUACCUUUGUCCUUGAAAUGUCAAACGUCUCCAUUUUUCCUGUUUUUUCUUUUUGUACGUCAAUGACGCUCCUGUGGAAUGUAAGUGUUGAACAGAUCAGUGCAAUGAGCUCUCAGAUAUGUGUGUGUGUGUGUGUGUUUGUGUGUGCGUGUGUGUGUGUGGGGUUGGAUUUGACGUGAUGCUGCUGCGGAUAGGCACAGACAAGUGGGGAUGGUGUUUAAUGUAAUUCAUAUUUUUAUUUCAUUCAGCUAUAGAGAGCUUUGGGAAAAAGUGAGCGUGAUGGAGGAACGUCAUGUUAGCGUGAGAAAUCAUCAGUGGAUUUAUUUUACACCAAAUUCUGCAGUAUCCUCUGAAUAAUAAAUUGUAAAUGCACAAAUCUGCCUGUGAACACACACUCACAGACACACUUUGUACUGACACACGGCAGCAGUAUUCCCAUUCCCUAUGAGACAAUACAAAUGGUGUAAGAUGGCUGUUUAUUAGCGCUCCACCAGGACUGUCAAGUGAAGAGAUCUGGGUGAUGUAGUUCCCCCUUGGAGAAUACAGACUGAAACGUGUGUGUGCAGUUGUGUUUUAUCACAUUGUCCUUGCUGCAGAGGAAAAAAAAAAUACCAGCCAUAGAAACACGGAGCAAAGCAAGGGAAGGGGGGGCAAAAACAGAGCAGACAUGAUGUCUUCCCGCUACCAUCAAUUGUGUUGGCGGAGGCGGCUAGAGACCAUCUCUCCUGUAUUCUUAAGAUCUCAUCCAUUUGCUCUGCCUUCCUCUCACUCUUCCUCUCUCUGGCUGUCAACUCUCCCCUCUCCCCUGCCUCCAUUUUUCCUUUUUUCACCCCAAUUUCUUACCGCAUGUAAGGAAAAGCAAUGAGCUUCAUCCUCCAUACGUACACACAAUAUCUCUGCUGACAUUCCUACUCAUCGCACAGUUACUCUGGUUUGCAACUUCACUGAUUUUACAUAAGCUUCCUUUUCUUGCAGCCACAGUGUGGAGGGGGUGGCGGCGGCAGUGUAGGAGGAUCAAAGCUGAGACAGAUAGGUAUGGCAACAUGCCCUAUAGGACAUGUCUGUUUAUGUCUGUUUACUGCUGAUUCGCCACAGGAGGCCUGAGCAUCAGCCUGACUCCCUUAAGACUGAGCACAAUCUAUAUGUGCUGUGGCGACUUUAAAGAAAAUGCCCUCCAGUGUGUCUGCUCCAGGCCUUCACAUCUUCUCUGAGCAUGUGAGAGGCGGAGGUGUAAAAAGACUAUUGUUAAAGGAUGAUUUUCAGUUUCAGCCGCCAUUUGGUUAUGAUUGUUGUCGCCAGCUUUGAUAACAUUGUACUCACCAAGUAAAUGCAAUACAACAUUUCAACAAUGGGGCAAGAAACAGUAGCAGUCAGACGAUCAGAGAGGUUUUGAACAGGCCAAUAGUUUAACCAGAUUAACUACCAUUUUAUUCAUAUUACUACUCAGCAAUAAUCCAUUGAUAAACUGGAAAACUGUGUCCACACGUGUACAGCAACAGGUUGAAGUUGAACCGGAAAGUCAGUCUGUAAACUCUGAUGGACACAACAGACGGUUUAAGUAAUAAUUUUACUGUUCACCUUUAGUUUCUCUUCCAAAUAAAAUUUGGCUAAUCUGGGAGUUGUUUAAAAAACCUGUAUGAUCGUCUGACUGCUCCUGUUCCUUACGCUGAUCAUCAGAUUGAAUAUUCCAUUCUUCACGGAAGACAGUUUGGCCUAUUGCCAUGUUGCUUCAUUUCAAUACCCAUCAUGACAUUGUGUUCAUAUUAGCCAGCCGUUCUCUGUAUGGGAAGGCGGGGUGUUAUUCUGCCUUCAAUCAACAGUGACUUGCCUAUCUGAUGUGACAAUGUCAUUUCCACACAAACGCGGGUUACGAGGACCCGCUGCCGUCUCCGGCAACGGUCGACAAAAUAUGCUGAUGCAAAAGCCCCGCACACCCACCCAGGUGUUUUCAAUUACCCUGGCUGAUUAGAUCCAUCCAUUGUGGGGAAAUUUGGAGGGCACUGUGUGGUGCAUAAAUUUCACACAAUUCGUUAUACUGAAAAGGCAGGAUGGUUAAAAAUGAAUUGAAGUGAUUUUCGGACACAGCCUGUUUUUCUGGCUCUGGCACAGAUAGACGUCCCCAUUGCACUGAUUGGCUGGCUUGUUCCUCCAACGACCAAAAAACACCUGUCAGUAGAGUGGUGCAGGGAUGGAAUAUUUUUGUAGGCCAACCAGGAAGUUAGCAUCGCCCUGGUUCCCUCGAUGAUGUUUAGUAGUCUCAUUUAGUAACUUGUUGGCAACCACCUUUUUUUAAGAUGCAUAAAGGCUUCAAAAUUCACGAGUGGGAAAUUAAUUGAUGUAUUUUAUGUCGUAGAACAAACAUUAGAAUCUCUUCAGCUUGUGUUAACCACACACUUAUUACAGGCAUCUAACGAAAAACCCUUUCAAGAAACCCAUUGACUUCCAGACGAGGAACAGGAAAGUGCUUAAAUGAUAAUUCAUUUCUUUUAGGACUCGUUCUGUAGCACUCUAUGAGUACAAGACUUUUUUUUCAAUUGGUCGAAAAAGAUGUGACAGAUGUGGGCAGCAAUCCAAGAAGGCCUAGAACCAGGCUGUGUUUUUCUGGCCCCAUCAGACUUCCCAGAUCUCUGCAAAGAACUUAUCACUGGUAGGAAUGACAGCCAAAACUACAACAAUAAAACCAAGUUGGAUUAUCAGGAGAGGUCAGGUGAUCAUUUGUUUAGCUGCUGUUGGAAACCGAGUAGAGAAAUCAUUGGACCAGAAGCAUCUGCGUUCUAAAUUGUAAUCCAAGGUUAUCGUUGACGGGAGUUUAUUGCUUUGGAUGAAGCCUUGGAACUCAGACACUGUGCGUUGCUGCUACAUGGGCUAACAUUACCCAGCAAGAUUCACUCAUUAGACAUUCUUCCAGUCUGGCAGCCUGCAUGCUCCGAGUAUCACCUGAAGUCAUUCUUAACGAGUUUUUUUUUAUCGGUUUGAUAAUGAUUUAAUCUGAGAGACACAGUUUUAGGAAGAGGUUCGUGCAUCGGGGAGCAACAGAAUCUGGAUGUGAUGUGCAGCGACCCUGCUGGCUGUGAUUCACUGCCUGCCCCCAUAUGCUCCGACUCUCCUUGUUGUGUCCACGGGGGGAACAUGACAGCUGCUGAUGUACAGCGCAGGCACGAGUGGUCACAUCUCCUCUGCUUGGCUGCCUCCACAAACUCUCUACACAUCCCUUAUUACUGCCUCGCUCUGCAGACACCCGGCGCUACAUAUACAGUAGCUGGCAGCAGUGACACUGUGGAAAUACAGCUGUGCUCUUUAGACGCCUGCGAGCCGCUGGGAGGUAUAUCCUGCACCCGGGAGGGGUUAUAGGAGAAAUAGCUGUAUCUAGUUCUGUAAAUCAGACUGCAUUGUAGCCCUAACUGCAGGCAAGACCGAAAAAGAUGCUGCAGAAAAUGUGAGAAUGGAGUGGAGUAAAAACAAAUCCAAUGUCUGUCUCCAAAUCUGACGUCAUACUUUUCAGAGAGCCAGCCUGCAAAACUCGAACUCUUUGCCCCGACUGAUCCGACAUCCUGACCUUUUUCUCCUCCGUGUGAACUCCCUUUCAGCUCCGCCACUGUCACCAUAGAUUUCGCGGGUUUUUGUCAAGAGAAAAUGUUCCUUCAUGUUUUUUUAGGAUGCAGGGAUGAUUGCCGUUUUAACAAAACGCUGUUUAAUUAGGUUAUUUUUGUACAUUGGUUGUCGCUGUUUUAAUGUUUGUUUUUAUACGAUAUGUUGUUUUUUUUUCUUGUUGUAGGCUGUUUUAAAUGGCUUUUAUUAUUUUUAUUUUUCCAUUCAUGACAGAGGCUCAUAGUCGCUCAUUGUGAGACCCUGACACCAUUAAGCAUUUGUUUCAUAGAGGAUUAGUCUUUGCGAUGUUCCUCUACAAGGUGCAAAAAAAACCCGCCUUUCUGUCUUAACAUUGCUACAGGCAGUUGAAGCAAUUAAGUCAGAAUUGAUAGAGAGGGGAAAUUUGGCAUAUAGCAUCAGUUGAAGCCCACAAAAGACGUACUGCACGCUUGUCGUCGUGCUUCUCUCUAUUAAGACCUGGUUUAAUUAAAUUAGGACGUGCUGGUAUAAUCUGCAGUGUGUCUUUUAAAACUGCCAGUGUAAGACCCAUUAUGUAUUUCCUAGAGCAUGAUCUAUUAGAUGACACUGUACAACACAGAGCUCAUGUCACUGCAGUAUAUCAGCUCCCGGAUGUAAAUAUGCUCAUUUUUACAACUGAUGUAACUUACUGUUAUACUUUACCUCUUGUAAUCACAUUGACAGUUCAUUGCCAUUGUGAAUUGCCCUAACAACCCAUGCUCUUUUGUGCUCAUUUACAGACACGCAGUAUCUUCCACCCAUAUGUUAUCCAUCCUCUCAUGUUUUGAUAGUUUUUCUGCCUCUGUGAAGCGCAGGAGUAGUGUCAAUUUGAUGUAAAUUUGUGUUUUUUGUCAGUAUGGUUUUCAUAUUUUAUUUGCAUCUUGUAGUAAGUAAGACACAUUUUCUGUUUUUUUGUUGUUUUUUUGGGGGGAAGGAGUAUAAAGUAUUCCUUCUUAUCCAUGGAAGCACUCCCAGUAAGCCACGAAGCCGGUAAAGGAAGAAUGCACAGGCAGUAAUUGGGUUUUGUCUGCUGUGAAGAAUUUUGAGACCUAGAAGCUAUUUUUUUAUUAUUAUUUUAUUUUUUUGCCACCUCCGACAUAUUAUUUCUGUAAUCUCCUCCUAAUCCUUCCCCCGUGCUACAGCUGAAUAUCUGAGCAGUGGAAAUGUAUGCUCUAGAAAUGGUGUGUUUGAUGUUGUGUUCUGCUGGGUGGCACUAUCUGAUACCUGCCAGCCCUGUCCUGUGGAGUUUUCUGCUACAUGUGAAAGCACUCUGAAUAUCUAUACUAGGUGGUGCACUACCUUCUCUUUAUUCUCCAAAUCAACUAUUUUUUUAAAUAAAGGAAAGAGUGUCACAAAAAUCCCACGAUACCGUACGCUCAUUGCCUUUCAUGUUUAAUGACUCGAUGCUCCUGAUGUAUUCCCUUUUUUAUGUCACCGUCAAUUUUUCAGGCAGCAUUUAAACAGUGUUUGAUGCUGAAAUUUUUUGGGGGGAGUUGGAAGACAGGACUUGGCAUGAAGAGCAAAGUGAAGCGGUGUCACAGCGGAUCCCAUGGUGUAUUAAAUGAAAGAGUGGCAUCGCCGCCUUAUAAUGGCCUCUUUUUUUAAGGAAUAACAAAACCUGCGGGACUGUUGUCCUAAAGACGCUGAGAUGAGCUAAUGGUAGUCAGCCAGUCGAGCAUAGGGGUUUUUGUAAAGAACAAAAGGGAGAUGAUGAAAGUGGGAACCAUCGCCAAUUUGUCUCCACAGCAUGGAGUGAGCAGCAGAGUAUUUUUGUACGGAGCUUUAUCCCUUUUUUAACCCAAUUGUUAUUAGGCCCAUGUGUGAUAGUGAGUGGAGUUUAUUGUGCCAUUCCAUCCUGGCUUUUGUUUUUACAUCCACUGUUCCUUCUAUGCAAAUAUAUGACCUAUUUUAGCCUUUGUACAGAUUAUUUUGUAUGAGUAACAUGUACUGAAAUAAAGUAAACAGAAUCAA